GCCUGAAAAAUAAUGCUGCGCUUUUGGAGGACGCAGAGGAGCACCACCUCGUCGAACGCGUUAUCCGUGAGUGAACCGAUUCCUGAUCGUACGUCAAUGAGAAAGACGACGGUCGUGGAGAUGAACGUGCACAUGGACUGCGACGGCUGCGAGAAGCGAGUCAGGAAGGCCAUGUCCCGGCUCCAAGGAGUGAGCUCGGUGGAGAUCGACAUGGACCGGCAGAAGGUGACGGUGACGGGGUACGUGGACCGGCGGGAGGUGCUGCGCGCGGCGCGGCGGACCGGCAGGGCGGCGGAGUUCUGGCCGUGGCCGUACGACGGCGAGUACUACCCGUUCGCGAUCCAGUACCUGGAGGACAACACGUACAUGGCCACCGACAGGUACUACCGCCACGGCUACAACGACCCCAUGAUCGGGUCCUACCCGUGCCACGCCUUCACGCAUGUCAUCGACGACGACGCGCUCGCCGUCUUCCACGUCGACAACGUCCACGCCUGCGCCGUAAUGUGAUGCAUGCCCCGGAGCUAACUGGUCUUCUUCUCGCAAAAGAGAGAGACCAUCUUAAACAUUAUAUUAUCAGCUCAAGAGGCCGUA